AAACACACCAAUUUUUCUUAUCUUCACAGUUUUGGCAAAAGUAGAGCUCAUUUGCCUGUUAGCAUAGUGAUCCCAAUGGGGCUUCAUGAGUCCCUUUUUGGCAGAAUCCUUUUUGGAUUCUCUGUUUCUUUAUUAUUGUUUGCAGUGAGUUUUUGCUAUGCCGAUGACAAGACAAUCCAGGUUGUUGGAAUUGGAGAAUGUGCUGAUUGCAAAGAGAGUAACAUAAAGACCAUUCAUGCUUUUUCAGGGCUUCGUGUUACCAUCGACUGCAAGGUUGGAAAUGGAGAAAUCAAAACAAGGGGAGAGGGAAAACUUGACAAAGACGGAAAGUUUGAGGUGUCAAUUCCUAAGGAGAUGGUGAAAGAUGGGAAGUUGAAGGAAGAUUGUUAUGCCCAACUCCAUAGUGCAUCAGCUGCACCAUGUCCAACACACAAUGGCAUAGAAGCCUCCAAGAUUGUAGUCACUAAAUCUGUAAACAAUGAAAAACACACAUUGAAACCAGCUGAAAAUCUAAAAUUCUCUACAGCCUUAUGCACUUCUGCUUUCCUCUGGCCACUCUUCAAGUUUCCACCAUUUCCAAAAUUUCCACCUUUCCCCAUAUACAAAAAGCCAUUUCUACCUCCAAUUCCAACCUACAAUAAGCCAAUUCUACCUCCUAUUCCAAUCUACAAAAAGCCACCUUUACCACCAAUUCCAAUCUACAAAAAGCCACUUCUACCUACUAUUCCACUCUAUAGGCCAAUCCCACCACUCUUCAAAAAACCAUUCCCUUCUCUUCCUCAACCAUAGGAGGGCUUUAAAUGAAUUCUGCUAGACAUAGGCAGAUUCAAGAUAUCAAGUUAGUUGGUGUGCCUUUUAAUGUAUGUGCGUAUUUUAAAAUCGUUCAAUAAAACUUCUAAUUACAUAUAUAGUUCCAGUUCAAAACAUGUACCAUUGCAUUGUUAAGAGUGUACAAUUUAUAUAUGCAGCAGAAACAUAAUACAUCA